GAACUAUUCAAUAUACAUGUCCCUAAUUAACAUAUCACACAAGAUACACUAUAUAAACAGUUGUCAGUUACAGAAUUAAUACAGUGAAGUAUAUAAAAUGUUGUUGAAUACAAAAAAUCAACUAAUGUACAGUAUUUCAUUUUUAAUUCUUUUCGAAGGAAUCCUAGUUAUUUAUUACAGUAAUGCACAUAUUACAUUGACCAAAGAAUAUAGAAAUGAUAGAAUAAAAUUUUUCAAACCUUGUCCUGAAUACAACUAUAAAUAUGAUGAUGUCACUGGCAAUUUUAUAUGUACUGUACCAACAGCUAAAAAAUGCUAUGAAUUAUGUCAACAAUAUGGUUGCAAUGACUGGCCAUUUCAUAUGCCAGUUUCAUUAAAAAAUGAAAUCUCUAGAGAUGGAUAUCGUUGUCGAUGUUUAAAAGAAUAUAAAACAUGUUUAUAUAAUCCAUUAUCAAAGAAACAGUAUACUUUCAUGUAGGAGAACAACUUAAAUGAAUCGAUCAUAAACUUGAAAGUGGAAAUGAAUGAAAAAGUAUUUAAUGAAUUCAUAACUAUUUAUUGAUAAAUAAAUGAAGCAGAAUAGACAAAAGUGUAUGUAAUUGACAUUUCAGUCAUUAUUAUACUUUUAGUUAAAAACA